CAUUUUGAAUGGGAGCAGUAACAUUUCUGCUUCCUUAUACCUGGUACUUUUCUUUCCUCGGAAUAGUCCCUCCAGUUUUACAUCUACCAACAAUCCACUAAUUCUCUGUCGAUCUACGCGUACUGAAAUACCACAAUGGUCGCGAUCCAGAUUCUAUCAGAUUUGCACCUUGAAGGUUCCGAGACUUACAAUACUUUCGAUAUCCCUGCCAAAGCACCCUACUUGGCGCUGCUGGGUGAUAUCGGCUACGCAAGCAAGCACGGCAGCGAGUACUGCGAUUUCCUGAGGCGACAGCUGGCCAAGUUUCGAGUCGUAUUCCUUGUACUUGGGAACCAUGAACCGUGGUAUUCGAACUGGGACAAGACAAGGCAGCUUAUGCGUGCUUUCGAACAGACGAUUCGCAGUCAGAGAGAAACGGCAGGCGCGAAACAGUGCGGCGAAUUCGUUUUAUUAGAUCGGACGCGUUACGAUAUCCCAGCGUCCGAAAGCGAAGGAGAACCGGGGUUGACGAUCCUCGGCUGUACGCUGUUUUCCCGUGUACCGCCCGAAUCAAUGAGAGAUGUCAGUCGUAGCUUAGGCGACUUUGGGAUCAUUCGGAAUUGGUUCAUAGAGGAUCAUAGUGCACAGUUCGAAGAGGAGCUUGCAUGGCUGAAUAGCCAGGUCGACGCGCUCAGCAAAGAAGAUAAGAAAAUCGUUAUUUUUACGCAUUAUAGCCCGACGACUGAUGAUCGAGCCGUUGACCCGAGACAUCGAAAUAGUUCAGUACAGUCGGGGUUUGUGACAGACCUUAGGGAGGAGGGGUGCUGGAUGAGUCCGAAUGUCAAGAUGUGGGCGUUUGGUCACACCCAUUUCAAUUGUGACUUUGUUGAUGGUCACAAACGAGUUCUGGCGCAUCAGCGAGGAUACUCCCUUGGCCAAGCCGAUGCUUUUGAGGUUGGGAAGGUCUUUGAUAUCUGAUCUUAUACCUACCUAUAUAAUACCAUCGUCAUGUUACAUCACUCUUCGUUGUACUAAGCAUCAAUAAACCUCAACCCUUACAUGAUUCAUCAGCGAUAAACGACCAACAUAUAAGCUAUGCUCCCAUCCUUUCGUCGACAGCUAAUAUCAACGGUUCCAAGGAAACAUAUUCAAGUUGUUUGUACUUAGAUACUUUCAGCGAUCUGCACUAGUCCCAAUAUGGUAAAGUCUAUAACCCAACAGGCAACCUCAAUCGCCAGGUUGACA